GGGCUGGCAGAGUAGCUGACAAGGGAGCUGACAGCAAGAGCUGACCACUUGCUGGGAGAGGCUGCCCCACCUGGGCCACAGACCUGGGGGAGAGAUGAGACCACUGUGCCUGCUCCUACUGGCCCUAGCUGCCUGCUGGGAGCUUGGCCGAUCCCUGCGCUGUUUCUCUUGUCACCAUCCAACUGACACCUCUGCGUGCGCCACCAUCGUAAACUGCACUCAGAAUGACACCAUGUGCAAGACAACAAUGUACUCCCGGGAGACAGUGUUCCCCUUUCUGGGCGAUGCCACCGUCACCAAGUCCUGCUCCGAGAAGUGCAUCCCCUCCGACGCGGAUGGCAUCGGGAUCACCCGGCCCGUGUCCUGCUGCAACACGGACCUGUGCAACGCUGAUGGGGCGGCCAGCCUGACGGCCGGCACCCUGAUCCCGGGAGCCACCACCGUCGUCUGUCUCCUGCUCCGGGCCGGGACUUGACCCUGCCCCGCCUCGGCCCUGCCCGCUCACCACCCUGGCUCUACCCCUGCCCUCGGUACCAUCUCCCUGACCCCUCCCCCGGGCUCCCCUGAUCUUUCCCAGAUGAGAGGGAGGGACUCCGCUCCCAAAUAAAAGAGUCGUCCUAGA